GUACAAAUCAAGAGACUUCAACACAUCGACCAUCACAAAGAGAAUAGUAUCAUCAGAGGUGGCUCAGAUAUUUGAUCCUCUAGGCUUCCUCGCUCCUGUAAUAGUCCAGGGAAAAAUAUUACUUCAAGACCUGUGGAAACUCAAGGUAAAUUGGGAUGAUCCACUCCCAGCUGACUAUCAAGCACGCUGGAGAACAUUCAGAGAGGAACUCACCGCCCUGAACAGGAUUACAGUACCAAGAUGGUUAAGAAUCUCACCAAGAGCAUCCAAUAUCCAGAUUCAUGGAUUUGCAGAUGCCUCCAACGUAGCGAUGAGCGCUGUCGUCUACAUAAGAACUGAGACAUUCAACGAGCAAAAAUCAACGGUCAUGGUAGCAGCAAAAACCAAGGUAGCACCCAUCAAGCGCAUGACAAUCCCACGUCUUGAAUUAACAGCAGCGCUGCUUCUGACUCAACUAGUGGCUACAUCUCUUCAGAUGCUGAAACUCAACAGUGAGCAAAUAGAAAUUCACCUAUGGUCCGACUCAUCGGUGGCCCUAGCCUGGAUCAGAAGUCAAGCACACCGAUGGAAAGACUUUGUGCACAACAGAGUCAUCAAAAUCCAAGAAACGAUACCACAGGCCAUUUGGAGACAUGUCAGCGGGAAGGAAAACCCGGCUGACUGUGCCUCCAGAGGCAUAUCAACCAGCAAGCUAGCAGAUCAUCAACUGUGGUGGGCAGGACCUGCCUGGAUCAAUCAGGAUCCAGCAGAAUGGCCACAAUCAACAAUAGAUACUGCAGCCAUGACCAUCCCAGAAGUGGCUAAGGAAGCAAAACCACUGCCAGCAAAUCCAGUCACCAUGAAGAUCAACGAAAUAACACAAAUACUAAACAGAUACUCAACCAUGUCAAAACUCCUGGCAGUAACAGCCACGAUCAACAGAGCAAUUGAUCGAUUCCAGAGAGAACCAACGCCCCCGGGGCCAAUACUGACAACGAGAGAACUCAACGAUGCAAGAUUAUUCUGG